AUGGCGACCCUCGUCGAUGCUGCGGUUUUCCUGCAGGACAAGCAGCAAACGUUUCAUCAGACGGACGACGGCGUCAUCGACCACCAGGAAAACUACUGGAACAUGCUUUUCAGCGCGCACGGCAACCUCAUGGACGUGCCGAAGAUGACGAUCCAGACCACGUGCAGAAUCGUGAAUCCCGCGGAACUGCGCUCCAUGCCGGUAACCUACAGAAUGGGAAACAUGGCGUUGGACGGCUAUCACAUAAUGUGUUGCGCUGGCAAGGAUCACGAGACAGGUAUGAUGUUGCGAGCUGAUAAGGAUCCUCAUCACACGGCCUGCGCUCUGGUGAUCGUGGACUCACAAGACGACCCGGGGAUCUUGCCCCAGUGGCGGCAGCAAGCACCGCACUGCCAGGAUCGAAUCAUGCCCUCCUACCGCUACUUUGCCGUCAUGGCCAAGAUCGUGCUGGACAUGUUGUUGAAACACGACGAGUGUGCGAUAUUGACGUGCUACAGGCUGCAGAAAGAGUUCGUGCUGCCGCUGCUGGUGACGAUGAUCACAGAUCUGGCCAAGGAGAAAGAGUUGGAUCAGUUCACAUCCAGAAAGAACUUGGAGGAGAAACUGCGUGUUCUGGAAUCCGGAAGCUCGGGAGACUACUCAGACAAAUUACGCGAAGUCACUUGGGCUGUGGGUGGCGAAAACAUCAUCACGGACAGCACCAAGGUCGUCCUCGGGCAAACGGCACAUCACACGGCGCGGGCUUCGAAGGGCUUCACCUUCAAGGCCGUCGUUGCAUUGCUCACAAAAAGAGCCAGAAGGGACGAGCAUCCUCUCGGCAUCGCAUUCUCCUCCAGGGGCGUCCGCACCGUCCUCAUGACCCGUGCCUCUUAUGAACUCGUGGUCGUGCUAGAUAACUGGAUCAUGAAACAAGCUGCCGAGACGACCAGGAAGGCGAUCUCCCACCGCAAGGCCGAUGAUUCCGGCAGUGAAACCCCAUUCGACAGAAGUGGAAGGUCCAACUGGAAGAUACUGGAACACGUGUGGCCUACUUUCCGGUUCCGAGGUGAACUAGCCCGAUUUGAGUGUGCCUCGGACGCCCUGGGAGACUGCGAAGACCCCCAAGAGUGGAAGCCGACGUCCCAGCACUGGAAGAAGACCGACGCACCUGCGACUUUGCACGAGCUUCGAAGGGGCGUGGAACUCGGCGACGCGAUGCAGAAGAGUCGUUUCGACGAGCUGGUCAGGAAGUUUCAGUUCUUCUCGGCUGCAACCUGCUUCAAGGAUCUGCCCGAUCAAGAAAAGAUGCAGAAGCUCUUCGACCGCAUCUCGAGAACCGGAUCAAGAGUCCUGAAGGAAGCAGAGAACCCGAAGGGAAAGGGCAAGGGCAAGAACCGGAUGGACAAGAACACCAGAACCAACGAGGAAACGCACGCCUGGGAAGCGGGGCGGGCCAAAAUCAGAGGCUUCGUGAAGGAGAUCUUCCCGCCCGAGGCUGAUGACGACGAGGCAGACAUGCAACCUUCCCUGCGAGAUCAGUGCCGGACGAUGAUGAGCUACUUGUUAGAUGCAGUGCACUGGAACCUGACCCUUGACAACGGGCAAGUCAACAACGAUGUGAAAGCGCAGAGAUGGCCGCACCUGGUCUCGAUCCCGUUCUGGCGGGUGGACGGCCUGGAAGACGCCUGCCAGGAAACCCUCUGGCACGAACAGCAUAUCCUGGGAGCGGCCAUCGUGGAUGCCAACCAGGAAGAAAAGCUCGGAAUGAGACUGGCGAGCCACAAAGCCAACAAAAUCGUCACCAAGCACGCCUCGCACUAUUGGCGAGAGUGUCGCUCGGAUCGAGUAGCGCUGCGAGUGGUGCUUCGUGAAGAAGCAAUCAUGCACAUCUAUCAUGCUAUGGGAGUGCACCGACAAAACUCCCAAGUCCGAACCAUGGUCGUUCGGAUGCGCGACCUGAACGCAGUUCGCAUGCUAUGCAAAGCUCUGCACAAAUUGGAGUUCUGCAAAAGGUUCGGGGUCUUUGAAGAUCGCAUGGCAUUGUGGCCGCCGGACACCGAAGCUGCCCAGUUGACAUCCGAUGCCAUCAUCGAUCUCUGCCUUCAGGGGUCCGAGCAAGCGUUUCAGUCGCUGCUGCAUCCGAACCAGGAGUGA